UUUACAUUAGCUUCAAGUCCCAUAGCCAAUGACCUCACGAUGUCGAACUCAAACUUAACCCACUCGAAUGGACACGGAACAGGCUAUGGCAACAUAACUCUCCUUAUGAAUCCAGAGCUGUGCACUUUGGAAACAUGUGAUUUGUCUAUGGCAAGCUUCCUGUAUUUACCAACACUCCCCGGAAACGCCAUCUACGCAGCGAUUUUCGGAAUAUACAUUGUCGCACAACUCUUUCUUGGCAUCAAACACAAGACUUGGGGCUACAUGGUUGCAAUGGUCCUUGGUUUGUUGCUUGAAGUUAUUGGUUACGUUGCUCGAAUCAUGCUUCACAACUCUCCUUUCGACAACAAUAACUUCCUGAUGUAUCUUGUCACUCUCACCAUCGCACCUGCACUUCUUUCCGCAUCUAUCUACCUGUGCCUCGCCCGAAUUGUUGUCGUAUACGACGAGAACCUCUCCCGCUUCAAGCCUCGCACAUACACAAUCGUCUUCUGUACCUGCGACUUCAUCUGCCUCGUUCUACAAGCUCUAGGUGGUGCAAUUGCAUCAACUGCCCAUACUCAGAGAUCUAGUAACCUCGGCAAGAAUAUCAUGUUGGCAGGCUUGAUCUUUCAGGACGUAUCUCUCGUUCUCUUUGCCAUUGCCUGCACCGACUUCUUCCUCCGCGUUCGAAAAUCGAAGAGACACUGGAACAUGAGAUAUCUCGAAAUCACCAGUUCGCGCCUUUUCAAGGUAUUCUUAUUUGGACUCAUGAUUGCUACAUUGACAAUCUUCACUCGAUCCUCAUAUCGUAUUGUCGAACUCUCAGGUGGAUUUAAAUCUACCCUUUUUACAUCUGACGAAGCCGUCUUCAUGAUCUUCGAGGGUCUGAUGAUUGUAAUUGCUACGAGUUGCUUGACUCUCCUACACCCAGCGGUUUGUUUCCAGGGAGCGUUCGCCUCAGCCAACUUCUCCUUCAGAGUUAAAAAGAAUGCGAGGGACAAGUCUAUGAGCUCUGAUCAGGAGUCGCAGCACUCUAGCGUUCCACUUAGCAUGAUGGGGGAUUUGAGUCGUGAGCGUGUUGCACCGACAAAAUAAUGUUCCGGUACAACUUUGUAGAAUAUGGAGGUCAGGUCAGGAGCAACGAUUCUCUGUUUGUACACCCGAUUUGUUUUAUUGCCUUGCGCGUGCGGGGGGGGAUAUUUAGAAUGGACUUGGUGCUCGAUGGAAUUAGAGGAGUGGGAAAUGGCUAGAACAUAGAACGGGAACCGAAUUCGGGCCAAGGAGUUAGGAACAACUUGCAUACACCACAUUCGAUCAUGACCCCUACCUCUUUCAGGUGUAUCUAUCUAACAACACUC